GAAAAUACUCAAGUAGUCUCCAGAAUGGAGUCAGCCAUCUUUAUGAGAAGGCCUUGACCGCGGCAUGCCUUCCAGAACGAGCUGAGUCCAGAGGUCUGUUGCUUCCUCUUUACACCAGCCGUGAUUUUGAAAGUUUGCUCUAAGUGGACGACAACUGAGGAAGCGGUGUGGCUUUUUUAAUGCAUCUAUCCAUCCCUUAUCCAACAUGCUUGUCCUUACAGGGUUUCCCAAAGUAAACGGGGGAGAGGCAGGGGACACCUGGACGGAUCGCCAGUCCACUUUACAGAUGCCUUUAUCCUGUAUUCUCUGAAAAUGAGCCCUCAUAGAGGGAUCACAUGAAUGCCUGUGCAGGUGGACCUGCUCUGCAGACACACCUUCCAAACCGUCCAGAUGGAGUGAAAGGUGGCGUUCACGCUCUGCAGUAAGUUAGAAAAACGAGGAAGUGUGCUGCAGCAGCGUGCGAGGAUAACGGACCUGGUACCUGUCGGUUCAGUUCGAUGCAGGGGAUCCAUCCCCACCGCUGGGUUUUGACCUGAACCGACAGGCACCAACCAGGUCGCUGCAGGUUACUGUUGUGGACGCCGAACCCUGGGUGUGGGAUGAAUUCUGUGCAUCUAUUGAGAAAAACUUCCUUUUGGCAUCAAGAACGUUGAUUUAGUGCCUCACAAGCAGGGAACAGGACAUGCUGCUGUUUGUCUUCUCCAUUUUCCAAGAGAAGUGUGGAUGCUGCCAAAACUACUCGGUAUUCCUGGAUAGGAUUAUAAGGAAGUUCAAACUAAUGUUUUUCAUAUACAUUAAUAAAUGACUGACAGCUGAUGAGAUGUGUGAGAAACAAAACUUUAAACAGAAACCAGAACAUCAAAUUCCCUAAACGAAUGGGAUGUUUUUAAUGGUUCUUCUUUCUCUGAACACACAGUAGGUAUUGUUUAGUUAUAUUUUCCUCUUUGCCUCCAAGUCAGGUGUGCAAAUGAGGGCUAUUAACACGCCUCUCGGGUAUUUAUGAGCUGCAAAGGUUCAUUCAUUUUGCACAGCCAAACAAUUUGUAAACAGGAACCAAAGCUUCUGCAAAUACUAGCUCAGUGUUGCGGAAGAGGCACAGAGUCACCAUUAGAUAGAGCAGAAAUGGAGCAGAAAGGAGAUCAGAUGAACCAGGACCCCUUCUCCUGUUCGAUCUGUCUGGAUCUACCGAAGGAUCCGGUGACGAUUCCCUGUGGACACAGCUACUGUAUGAACUGUAUUAUAACCCACUGGGAUGAAGAGGAAAAAAGCAACAGCUGCCCUCAGUGUGAGCAGACCUUCACACCGAGGCCUGUUCUGGAGAAAAACACCAUGCUAGCAGCUUUAGUGGAGCAGCUGAAGAAGACUGGAGUCCAAGCUGCUGCUGCUGAUCACCGCUAUGCUGGACCUGAAGACGUGGCCUGUGAUUUCUGUACUGGGAGAAAACUGAAAGCCAUCAAGUCCUGUUUAGUCUGUCUGGCCUCUUACUGUGAGAAACACCUUCAGCCUCAUUAUGAUGUGGCUCCUUUAAAGAAACACAAGCUGGUGGAGCCGUCCAAGAACCUCCAGGAGAACAUCUGCUCUGUGGAUGAACAUAAAGGCCAUGACACAGUGUCAGCUGCAGCAGAAAGGACUGAGAGGCAGAGAGAGCUGGAGGAGAGACGAGGAAACAUCCAGCAGAGAAUCCAGGACAGAGAGAAAGAUGUGAAGCUGCUUCAAUGGGAGGUGGAGGCCAUCAAUCACUCUGCUGAUAAAACAGUGGAGGACAGUGAGAAGAUCUUCACUAAGCUGAUCCUUCUCCUCCAGAAAAGAAGCUCUGAUGUGAAGCAGCAGAUCAAAUUCCAGCAGGAAACUGAAGUGGGUCGAGUCAAAGAUGUUCAGGAGAAGCUGGAGCAGGAGAUCACUGAGCUGAAGAGGAAAGACGCUGAGCUGGAGCAGCUCUCACACACAGAGGAUCACAACCAGUUUCUCCUCAACUACCCCUCACUGCCAGCACUCAGUGAGUCUACACACUCAUCCAGCAUCAACAUCCGUCCUCUGAGACACUUUGAGGACGUGGCAGCAGCUGUGUCAGAGCUCAGAGAGAAACUACAGGACGUCCUGAGAGACUCAUGGACAAACAUCUCAGUGACGAUCACUGAGGUGGAUGUUCUACUGUCAGAACCAGAACCAAAGAGCAGAGAUGAUUUCUUAAAAUAUUCAUGUGAAAUCACACUGGAUUCAAACACAGCUCACACUUAUCUAAAGCUAUCAGAGGGGAACAGGAAGGUUACAGCUUUAGAUCAACCUCAGUCUUAUUCCAGUCAUCCAGAAAGAUUCACUUCAUGGUGGCAGGUUCUGAGCAGAGAGAGUCUGACUGGACGCUGUUACUGGGAGGUGGAGUGGAGAGGUAGAGGGGCUUACAUAGCCGCUUCAUGCAAGAAUAUCAGCAGAGCAGGAAAUGAAUGUGGAUUUGGUCGAAAUGACAAAUCCUGGGCUUUAGAUUGUCACCAAAAUAGUUUCACGUUUUGGCACAACAACACUGCAAGCUCCAUCUCGGUUCCUCAGUCCUCCAGAGUGGGAGUGUACCUGGAUCACAGAGCAGGUAUUCUGUCCUUCUACAGCGUCUCUAAAACCAUGACCCUCCUCCACAAAGUCCAGACCAGAUUCACUGAGCCGCUACAUGCUGGAGUUUGGCUUUACAUCUGUGGGAGCGCUGCAGAGUUCAGUAAACUUUAAUUACGUCUGUUUUCUUUAUCAGUUACUGGGUGUAAUAUACAGUAUAUUGCAAUAUUGUUUUCAUUUAAGUUUCCAUUCUGUGUUUUUAGCUCAUGUAGAUGACACAAUAUACCACUGCUAAUGUUUUAGCAAAUACAAUAAUCAUGUAAACUGUAAUUUACUGUUUGUAAAAUGGCUUGAGCAUUUUAUUCAUGCGUAGAUUUAUCUUCAUCACUCUUUUGUUGUGGGUUGAAUCAACUAAAUGUUGUAUGUUUUGCAAAAACUUUACCAUACCAGCAGAAAGACUUGACUACAUUGCUCAAU